UCUUAUGAAAUACAUGAAUUUUGCGCAUGUAAUGUAAGCGAUGACGUAAUGGAUCUUGAUUGGGCAAAUAAGCCGAUGUUAAAAUGUGAAUCGGUCUCUAUUCAGACACAGUUUACGUUUGUUUGAGAAAGUGAGCGGAUAGUUGUGUACCAAUUAGUUUUAGAUAGAUAUAUAAGUGUACAACACUUUAUCUUGCUCAAGAAACCUAUAAAAGGGUACCGAUAAGUGUAAUUCGGAUAUAUAACUGAAGAAAAACCUAUGAAGUAGUAAAUGUAUUUUUAUGAAAGAUCAUACUAUGGAUCAAUUUUGUGGUACUGACUUUUGGAAUAAUAGUUUAACAUGGAAUACAGAAGAUCCAGACAUCACAGAAUGUUUUCAGAAAACUGUGCUGAUAUGGGUGCCAUGUACAUUUUUAUGGCUAUUCUCUGGAAUAGAAAUUUAUUAUUUUUUAAACAGUAAAAGCAAAAAUAUCCCAUACACAUGGUUAUUUAUCUUAAAACAAAUACUCAUAGUAGCAUUGAUUAUACUUAGUAUUGUUGAUGUAGGAACAGCUAUACAUAGAAGUACUUAUGUCAAAGUUUAUAAUGUUGAUUAUUGUACUCCAGUUAUAAAAAUUAUUACUUUUAUUAAGGCAGGUACUUUAGUAAUAUAUAAUAGAAAAUAUGGCAUGCAAACCUCUGGACUGUUAUAUUUAUUUUGGUUUCUCCUUACCUUAUGCGGAGUUGUUCAAUAUAGAAGUUUAUUAAGGUUAUAUAUAAAUAACCAUGAAGUUACUUAUCCAUUUGUAUCAUACAUGAUAUAUUAUCCAAUAGUGGUACUUUUAUUCUUAUUGAACUUCUUGGUUGAUGCAGAGCCUAAAUAUUCAGAAUAUCCCAAGGUUGAGAAGCCAUGUCCAGAACAAAGAUCUUCAUUUCCAGCAAAAAUCUUUUUUACUUGGUUUGAUCCAAUGGCAUGGAAAGGUUUUAAAACACCCCUGGAAACUACAGAUUUAUGGACAAUAAAUCCAGAAGACACAGCUAAAGAAAUUGUACCUAAAUUCGACAAAUAUUGGAAUAAAAGUGCACAAAAAAGUAACAAAGUAUUUUGGACUUACUAUAGUGUACAAAAUACUAAGGCAUCGUUCAGAAAAUCAUCUGGUCGAGUAGAUUUUAAUAAUGAAUAUAAGAAAAAGACAUCAUCAGUUUUGCUUCCUCUUUGCAAAGCUUUUGGUGCCACAUUUUUAUUUGGAGCUGCACUUAAAUUCGUGCAAGAUAUUGUAAUUUUCACUAGCCCUCAAAUAUUAAGGUUACUCAUCGAUUUUAUUGAGAAACCCGGACCGCUAUGGAAAGGCUAUUUUUAUGCAGUUUUACUCUUACUUACAGCCACAUUUCAAACAUUAGUUUUGUCUCAGUAUUUUCAUCGUAUGCUCUUAGUUGGAUUACGAGUACGUACUGCAUUAGUUGCAGCAAUUUAUCGAAAAGCAUUGAGAAUAUCUAAUUCCGCCAGAAAAGAGUCAACAGUUGGUGAAAUAGUAAACUUAAUGUCCGUGGAUGCACAAAGAUUUAUGGAUUUAACUGCGUAUAUAAAUAUGAUUUGGUCUGCACCAAUGCAAAUAGUUUUAGCAUUAUAUUUUUUAUGGGAAAUCUUGGGACCAGCUGUGCUUGCUGGUUUAGCUGUUCUACUUAUUCUCAUCCCAAUAAAUGUCUUAAUCACUAAUAGAGUUAAGACAUUACAAAUUAGACAAAUGAAAUAUAAAGAUGAAAGAGUUAAAUUAAUGAAUGAAGUACUUAAUGGUAUAAAAGUAUUAAAGCUAUAUGCAUGGGAACCCUCAUUUGAGGAACAAAUACUGAAGAUACGUACAAAAGAAAUUAAAGUACUUAAAGAAACAGCAUAUCUCAAUUCUGGAACAAGUUUUAUCUGGUCUUUUGCACCUUUUUUAGUCUCACUGGUGUCCUUUGCAACCUAUGUACUUAUAGAUGAAAAUAAUCGUUUAAAUAGCAAAGUUGCUUUUGUUUCACUCAGUCUUUUUAAUAUCUUAAGGUUUCCACUUUCUAUAUUACCUAUGAUAAUUGGUAACAUGGUUCAGGCUUAUGUUUCUGUAAAACGUAUUAAUAAAUUCAUGAAUUCAGAAGAGUUAGAUCCAAAUAAUGUUCAACAUGAUCCAUCUGAAUCAUACACAUUAUUAAUUGAGAAUGGCACCUUCGCAUGGGAUUUGGAAAAUAUUGAAAGACCAACAUUAAGAAAUAUCAAUCUUCAUGUAGAACAGGGUCAAUUGAUAGCUGUUGUUGGUACUGUAGGAUCAGGAAAAAGUUCUCUUUUAUCAGCUCUUCUUGGAGAAAUGGACAAAAUAAGUGGUAGAGUUAAUACAAAAGGUUCUAUAGCAUUUGUGCCUCAACAAGCAUGGAUUCAAAAUGCUUCAUUACAAGAUAAUGUUUUAUUUGGGAAGUCAAUGCACAAAAAUGUAUAUAAUCGCGUAAUUGAAUCAUGUGCAUUAAAUCCAGACUUAAAAGUGCUACCUGCGGGUGAUCAAACUGAAAUUGGAGAAAAAGGAAUAAAUUUAUCUGGUGGGCAAAAACAGAGAGUAUCAUUGGCAAGAGCAGUGUACAAUGAUUCUGAUACUUAUUUUUUGGAUGAUCCAUUAAGUGCAGUAGAUUCACAUGUUGGAAAACAUAUAUUUGAAAACGUAAUUGGCCCUAGUGGUCUGCUUAGGAAGAAAACUAGAAUACUUGUCACACAUGGUAUUACUUAUUUACCUGAAGUUGAUAACAUCAUUGUUCUUAAAGAUGGUGAAAUAACAGAAGUUGGAACUUACAAAGAACUUUUAGAAAAAAGAGGAGCCUUUUCUGAGUUUCUAGUGCAACAUCUUCAAGAAGUACAUGCUGAUGGCGGAUCAGAGGCAGAUCUGCAUGAAAUUAAACAACAUUUGGAAUCUACAAUUGGAUCAAAUGAACUCCAACAGAAAUUAACAAGAGGUAGAUCAAGAAUGUCAGAAAGUCAAAGUGAAUCUGGUUCAAUGGUUGAUAAAAGAUCCUUAAAUGGUUCGUUGAAAAGACAGUAUUCUACAAGUAGUCAGCAAUCUGGUACUUACGAAAAUAGCAAUAAGAUAAAAGAAACAAAGUUAUUACCUCCGAAAUCAGGAGAAAAAUUAAUAGAGGUGGAAAAAACUGAAACUGGAAGUGUUAAAUGGCGAGUCUAUUCUCAUUACUUCAAAUCCAUUGGUUGGUUUCUAUCAAUAUCGACUAUUAUAAUGAACGCUAUUUUUCAAGGAUUUAGUAUUGGUUCAAACGCUUGGCUCAGUGUAUGGUCAGACAGUAAUUUAACAACUUACAAUGAUACAGUCGAUCAUGCUAAACAAAAUAUGUAUCUUGGAGUUUAUGGUGGACUUGGUCUUGGUCAAGGCAUGACAGUGCUUGGAGGGGCAUUAAUCUUGGCAAAAGGAACAAUACGCGCUUCCGUGCAUCUCUUCGAGAAUACGUUGCAACGUGUUCUCCGGAACCCAAUGUCAUUUUUUGACAAAACUCCAACCGGUCGAAUUCUUAAUCGACUCUCUAAAGACACUGAUGUCAUUGAUAAUACGCUGCCAUCCAUACUGCGUUCUUGGAUUGCUUGCCUCUUUGGGGUCAUAGCCACUUUAGUGGUUAUAAGUUUUAGUACACCAGAAUUUAUAGCAGUCAUAAUACCAAUAAGUGUAAUUUAUUACUUUGUUCAACGCUUAUAUGUUGCAUCCUCAAGACAGUUGAAACGUUUAGAAUCUGUUUCAAGAUCUCCUAUAUAUUCACAUUUUAGUGAAACAGUUUCUGGAGCACAGAUGAUUAGGGCAUUUGGAGUGCAAGACCGAUUUAUUCAGGAAUCUGAAAGUAAAGUAGAUUUUAAUCAGAUGUGCUAUUAUCCCAGUAUAAUUGCAAACAGAUGGUUGGCAGUACGUUUAGAAAUGGUUGGAAAUUUAAUUAUUUUCUUUGCUGCAUUGUUUGCAGUAUUAGGUAGAGACACUAUACAAUCUGGUGUAGUUGGUUUAUCUAUUAGUUAUGCUUUACAAGUUACUCAAACAUUGAAUUGGUUAGUACGAAUGACUUCUGAUGUUGAAACUAACAUAGUAGCUGUAGAAAGAAUAAAAGAAUACGGUGAAACCCCACAAGAAGCAGCAUGGAAAAAUCCAGAUUAUACAGCACCUAAAGAUUGGCCUUUACAAGGGCGAGUAGAAUUUAAAGACUAUAAAGUUCGUUAUAGGGAAGGCUUAGACCUUGUACUUCGUGGAUUAUCAUUUUCCGUUAAGGGAGGAGAAAAAGUUGGCAUCGUUGGUAGAACUGGAGCUGGGAAAUCGUCUUUGACAUUAGCUCUAUUUAGAAUAAUAGAAGCAGCUGAUGGAAAGAUUAUUAUCGAUGACAUUGAUAUUACUAAAUUGGGACUUCAUGAUUUAAGAUCUAGAUUGACUAUUAUUCCUCAAGAUCCUGUAUUAUUUUCAGGAAGUUUAAGAAUAAAUUUAGAUCCUUUUAGUUAUUAUACUGAUGACGAAAUUUGGCGAGCUUUGGAACAUGCACAUCUUAAAUCCUUUGUAAAAAACUUGCCAAAUGGUCUUUUAUAUGAAUUAUCAGAAGGUGGAGAAAAUCUAAGUAUAGGUCAACGACAAUUAAUAUGUUUAGCAAGAGCAUUGCUUCGAAAAACGAAAGUACUGAUUCUCGAUGAAGCAACAGCUUCAGUUGAUUUAGAAACAGAUGAUUUAAUUCAAACAACAAUUAGACAAGAGUUUCAAGAUUGCACAAUUCUUACGAUAGCUCAUAGACUUAAUACAAUUCUUGAUUCAGACAGGGUCAUUGUGUUGGAUAAUGGGCGCAUCAUGGAAUAUGAUUCUCCAGACACAUUACUGCAUAAUUCGACUAGUUUGUUCAGUAGUAUAGCUAAAGAUGCAGGUCUUGCUACAUAGAUAAAAUGCAUAUCGUAAAUAUUGUAUAAGCAAUGAAACAAUGAUAAUUUCUAAUCUAUGAAUAUAUAAUAACAACAAAAGGUAUAGCAAUUCAUUUAUAUAGAGAAAGGCAAGGUAUACUUAGACUUGAAAGAAUCGAAAAUUUUGUAGAGCAUUUUGCAGUCAAAUCUUACAUCAUUUUUAAAUAUUAUCAAGCACAGCCCAUUUGUAAAGUAGUACGGAUGUCCGUUACUUAAAGUACUGCCAUUUUAGCGGCACAGUUGUGCUGAGUAGCAACAAUUUUUAAACAUAUGUAUAUUGUUUUAAUAAUUUAAUUUUAGUAAGCUCGAGCUUACACAGUAUAUAAAAUUUAAGCAACGUACAAAAUACAACAGUAUUGUUUAGUUAUUUUUAUUUCCAUUAAACUUUAUUAUACCCAUAUUGCCUUAUUUUUAUUUUACAUCACAGGAAUUAUAUAUAUAUACAAAUACGUAGCAUCAUUUACUUUUGCUGUUGAUUUGUCUUGGUUAAAAUUGUUACUCCAUUCUGUACUGUUUGACAAAUAUGAUGCAUCUUCAAGCUGUGUAAAUAGUAUUCUCUAAUAUUUAUGAAUUUAAGACAAAAUAAAAGAUUACAAUUUUAUAUAAUA